AUGGCUGUGAACAAUUACACUGUGGUGACUGAGUUCUUUCUUAUUGCAUUCACUGAGCAUCCUGAGUGGGGGCUUGCUCUCUUCCUGGUGUUUCUGAGUUUCUAUCUCGCCACUCUGUUGGGGAACUCAGGGAUGAUCAUCCUGAUCCGCAAAGAUCGCCGGCUCCACACCCCGAUGUACUUCUUCCUCAGCCAGCUUUCUUUUGUGGACAUCUGCUACUCCUCUGCCAUUGUUCCCCAGAUGUUGGCUGUGCUGUGGGAACGUGGUGCAGUCAUCUCCCAAGCUCGCUGUGCAACCCAGUUCUUUCUCUUUACCUUCUUUGCUUCCAUUGACUGCUACCUCUUGGCAAUCAUGGCCUAUGACCGCUAUGUGGCCGUAUGCCGCCCCCUGCUCUAUGUCACCAUCAUGACUGAGAAAGCCCGUGUGGGCUUAGUAUCUGCGGCUUACGUUGCUGGUUUUACCAGUGGCUUCGUUCGAACAGUCACGGCCUUCACUCUCUCCUUUUGUGGAAACAAUGAGAUCAACUUCAUUUUUUGUGACCUCCCUCCUCUAUUAAAACUCACCUGUGGUGACAGCUACACCCAAGAAAUGGUUAUUAUUGCAUUCGCCAUUUUUGUCAUGCCCGUUUGUAUACUGGUGAUCUUGGUGUCCUACCUGUUUAUCAUCAUGGCCGUCAUGCGGAUCCGCUCGGCUGGCGGCAGGGCCAAGACCUUUUCUACCUGUGCCUCCCACCUCACUGCUGUUGCUCUCUUCUUUGGUACUCUCAUCUUCAUGUACCUGCGAGAUAACUCAGACCAGUCCUCAGAUGGAGACAGAGUAAUAUCUGUACUCUACACGGUGGUGACGCCAAUGCUGAAUCCCCUCAUCUAUAGUCUGAGGAAUAAAGAAGUAAAGGAGGCUGUUAUAAAAUCGCUGAGCAGAUCAAAGCUUUCUAAGAGGGCCUAA